AUGCCAAGGACACGGGUAAUCGCUCUCCAGCUGUGCCGCUGUGUGACCAGCGGUCCCCAGUCAACUGUCAAAGGCAGGUUUCACGACCGUUUUAAAUGCCAACGUAGGUAACUUCGCAGCCGCUCAGAAGCCGAACCUCCCAAAAAAACCUGGCAAUACGUAUAUGACCCCGGAGUACUACAUGCACAAUAAGUAUACGUUCUUCGACUUCAUCGGACAAAUGAGACCUAAAAGACAACCCCAGCCCAACCCACGUUAA